UCUCCGCCAUAUUCUUUGCCACCUUUUCCUCUCCCAAACUCUCCAUUUUUCUCCUCCCCAAAAAAAAGAAAAACCCAAAAAUGGCAACCCACGCAGAAAAAAAAUCCGAGAUCACUAGAGAGAGAAAACCCGAAUCAAGUCGUCAAAACCGGCCUACAACCACCACCACCGCCCCCACCCGACCAAGACAAAAACCACCACAGCCCACCACAACCCGGCCCACCAAUCGAGUCCCACUCAAAAAGCUACUAAAAGUAACUUCAGUAGCAGGCGGAAUUCAGUUUGGGUGGGCCCUACAGCUUUCACUCCUCACUCCCUACGUUCAAGAGCUGGGUAUCCCUCACGCCUUUGCCAGCAUCAUAUGGUUAUGUGGUCCCGUCUCCGGCUUUUUCGUGCAGCCGCUGGUUGGUCACCUCAGCGACCGCUCAACCAGCCGGUUCGGCCGCCGCCGUCCCUACAUCCUCAUAGGGGCGGUGAUGAUCAUUGUUGCCGUUUUAAUUGUUGGAUUUUCCGCCGAUAUUGGGUAUUUGAUGGGUGAUAAAGUUGAUUUAGGAGAGAGAAAACGGCCGAUGGCAAUCGUCGCGUUCGUCAUCGGGUUUUGGUUGCUUGAUGUGGCUAACAAUACUACCCAAGGUCCUUGUAGAGCGCUGCUUGCUGAUCUUACUGGAAAGGAUCACAGAAGGAACAGAGUGGCAAAUGCAUAUUACUCUUUGUUUAUGGCUAUUGGAAAUAUCCUUGGCUUUGCCACAGGCUCAUUUAAUAGCUGGUACACUAUUCUUCCAUUCACUCUCACUCAUGCCUGCAAGGAAAGUUGUGCCAAUCUCAAGUCAGCUUUCCUCAUAGACAUUAUAUUUAUAGUAAUAACGACAUAUAUAAGCAUCACGGCUUCCCACGAAGUUCCUUUAAGUUCUCGUAAUGAAGUUACCAACAUAUCUGAAGGAUCUCAACCAUCUAGCAAUGAUCAGGAGGCCUUCUUUUGGGAGCUAUUUGGAACCUUUAGAUUUCUUCCUGGAGCAGUUUGGUUAAUCCUUUCUGUUACCGCACUGACUUGGAUCGGGUGGUUUCCCUUCCUUCUCUUUGACACGGACUGGAUGGGUCGUGAGGUUUAUGGUGGUAAUCCAGAUGAAGGUAAAAUUUACCAUCAAGGAGUCAGUACCGGUGCUCUUGGCCUAAUGUUGCAGUCAGUUAUUCUGGGUAUAACUUCGGUGUUGAUGGAAAAGCUUUGCAGGAAGUUGGGUUCUGGUAUUUUAUGGGGCAUCUCAAAUAUUAUUAUGUCCUUGUGUUUUGUUGCAAUGCUGGUCAUAUCAUUUGUAGUGAGCAAAACAGAGUCCUUUGGUUCUGGGAGGCCCCCAAAUGGAGCUGUUAUUGCAGCAGUGGUUGUUUUCACGAUUCUGGGUAUGCCACUGGCGGUCACUUAUAGUGUCCCCUAUGCACUGAUUUCUUCCAGGAUUGAGUCUUUGGGUCUUGGCCAGGGAUUAUCAAUGGGUGUGCUAAAUCUUGCGAUUGUCAUCCCUCAGGUGAUUGUGUCAUUGGGAAGUGGGCCAUGGGAUCAAUUGUUUGGUGGGGGAAACUCACCAGCCAUAGCUAUAGCGGGAGUUGCUGCCUUUGCUAGUGGACUCAUGGCCAUAUUAGUUCUGCCUCGAUCAAGAACUGAGAAAACCAAAGUUCGUGUGAUGCAUGUAUGAGGUAUUUCAGUGUUUCGAUUUUGUAUAGCUAUUCAUGCAUAUGAAUGGCAAACUGUGAAUCAUGAGAUUUGUACAUAGUGAUACCUCCAUUUAUUUUAUUAUAAAAUAAGAACAUGUUCCACUCGAAAAUGGUUCAGUUAUUACCAAUGCAACACAUAAUUGGGUUUGCAGCUUUGCAUUAUUUAUCAGAUGUCUGUUUGAUUGGUGUUCAAAGAAUGGAAUCUUUUUUAUUUUCA